GCGGCUAUGGCGUGGCAAAGCAGCUCUAAAGUUCCCGACGGUGAGUUCACAGCGGUGGUGUACAGACUCAUCCGCGACUCCCGCUACUCAGAGGCGGUGCAGCUGCUGAGCGCAGAGCUGCAGAGGAGUCCCCGCAGCCGCGCAGGGCUGUCGCUGCUGGCCUACUGCUACUACCGCCUGCAGGAGUUCGAGCUCGCUGCAGAGUGCUAUGAGCAGCUGAGCCAGAUACACCCAGAACUCGAGCAGUACCGCCUGUACCAGGCCCAGGCGCUCUACAAGGCCUGCCUGUAUCCAGAGGCCACCAGGGUCGCCUUCCUCCUGGACAACCCCACCUAUCAGACUCGAGUCCUUCGUCUCCAGGCUGCUAUCAAGUACAGUGAAGGUGACCUCCCAGGAGCCAGGAGCCUGGUGGAGCAGCUGCUGAGUGGGGAAGCUGGAGAAGACAGUGGAGGGGAGAAUGACCCAGAUGGUUUGGUCAACAUGGGUUGCCUACUCUACAAGGAAGGUAACUAUGAAGCUGCCUGCUCCAAGUUCUUAGCGGCUCUACAGGCUUCUGGCUACCAGCCUGACCUUUCCUACAAUUUGGCUUUGGCCUAUUACAGCAGUCGGCAGUAUGCCCCUGCUCUGAAGCAUAUCGCUGACAUCAUUGAGCGAGGCAUCCGUCAACACCCAGAAUUAGGUGUUGGCAUGACCAUUGAAGGCAUUGAUAUUCGAAGUGUUGGCAACACCGUAGUCCUUCACCAGACUGCUCUGGUCGAAGCCUUCAACCUCAAGGCAGCCAUAGAGUACCAGCUGAGAAACUAUGAGGCAGCCCAGGAAGCCCUCACUGACAUGCCACCCAGAGCAGAGGAAGAGUUGGACCCCGUAACCCUACACAACCAGGCUCUGAUGAACAUGGAUGCCAAGCCCACAGAGGGCUUCGAAAAACUCCAGUUUCUGCUCCAGCAGAACCCCUUUCCCCCAGAGACUUUUGGCAACUUGCUGCUGCUUUACUGUAAAUAUGAGUAUUUUGACCUGGCAGCUGAUGUUCUAGCAGAAAAUGCCCACUUGACUUACAAGUUUCUCACGCCGUAUCUCUAUGACUUCUUGGAUGCCAUGAUCACUUGCCAGACAGCUCCUGAAGAGGCUUUCAUUAAACUUGAUGGGUUAGCUGGCAUGCUGACUGAGCAGCUCCGGAGACUCACUAAACAAGUUCAAGAAGCAAGGCAUAACAGGGAUGAUGAAGUAGUCAUAAAGGCUGUGAAUGAAUAUGACGAAACCCUUGAGAAGUAUAUCCCUGUACUGAUGGCUCAGGCGAAAAUCUACUGGAAUCUUGAGAAUUAUCCUAUGGUGGAGAAGAUCUUCCGCAAAUCUGUGGAGUUCUGUAAUGACCACGAUGUGUGGAAGCUGAAUGUGGCCCAUGUUCUCUUCAUGCAGGAAAACAAGUACAAAGAGGCCAUUGGUUUCUACGAGCCCAUUGUCAAGAAGAAUUAUGAUAACAUCCUGAGUGUCAGCGCUAUCGUGUUAGCCAACCUCUGUGUUUCCUAUAUCAUGACAAGUCAAAAUGAGGAAGCUGAGGAGCUGAUGAGGAAGAUUGAGAAGGAGGAGGAGCAGCUCUCUUAUGGUGACCCAGACAAGAAAAUCUACCACCUUUGCAUUGUGAAUUUGGUGAUAGGAACCCUGUAUUGUGCCAAAGGGAACUAUGACUUUGGCAUCUCUCGGGUUAUCAAAAGCCUGGAGCCUUACCAUAAAAAGCUUGGCACUGAUACAUGGUAUUAUGCCAAAAGAUGCUUCCUGUCCUUGCUAGAGAACAUGUCAAAGCACACAAUCAUGCUGAGGGACAGUGUCAUUCAAGAAUGCGUCCAGUUUCUAGAGCACUGUGAAAUUUUUGGCAGAAACAUCCCUGCUGUUAUAGAACAGCCCUUGGAGGAAGAAAGAAUGCACAUUGGAAAAAAUACGGUCACAUACGAGUCCAGACAGUUGAAAGCUUUGAUUUAUGAGAUCAUAGGGUGGAAUAUGUAA